GGCGCCGCUCAGCACGGGAUACAUGCUCGGUCUCAUUGGCGCCUCCAUGCUUCACCUUUGCCGUCAUCUUGCCUCCCGCCCACGAUCUACCUCGCAAAGUCUAAUCCUCGCCGUAUAGAGUGUCGUCUCGAGGCCGUCGGUGGGAGGGCAGGAUUCUGCAUGGGACCAGUAUCAUAUCUACGAUCUGGGAGGAACCCGCCGCGAAUUCAUCCAGUUCCUGUCGCUACCCAUAUACCCAUACCAUCCGCCCUCCGGCAUUCAACCUUCGCCUAAGCCAUGGCCGUAACCGCAUUCACACCACCGCCGGAGCCGCCAGUCACCUUCACAUCGAAUCGUGAAGCCAAGGGAAGCAUUGUGUCCUGUUCAGACAGGUCAACAUAUUCGACAUCCAGCUCGUGGCCGGAGCUCACCAGUCCAAUUUUCUCAACUUCCGCCAAGGCCUUCAUCGUUACACCCGAAAGCCUCAACGACUCACCAUGUGCCAUUGUACCCAAGGUGGAAGAGCUCGAUGACGGCGCGAGUUCAUUGAACAAAGUCCAGGAUAUCGUCGAGGCUAAACUCUAUCACGCGGAGGAAGGUCCUCGAAAGCGCGGACGGCCGCGAAAAUAUCCUGUUGUCGAGCAAAAGAAGUCGACGCACAUUAGAUCGAAAACAGGAUGCAAGACUUGCAGAAGAAGGAAGAAGAAAUGCGACGAAGGGCGACCUUCUUGCCAGAAUUGCGAGAAGAACAAUGUUCUCUGCGAAGGCUACGAAGAUAAGAAGGCUUGGCGGAGUGGCAAGCAGAAGGCUCUGGAGCAGGAUCCUUCGGUCGAGCAGAAAGCUCAGGUGCAAUCAGCGUCCUUGGACCCGGCCGUUGUGAAGCAAAAUUCCCCGGUCGAAAUGAGGACAGUCGUCGCUCGCCCCAUGCCCGUCCAACAGGCCUGGGCUUCUGAGGAUGACUAUAUGACCCAGCGUUUUUGGUGGCACUAUAAGGAGACACUCAGUGGAGUGCUAUCUGUCAACGACCACUACAACCCAUUCUACAAGCUGGUACUACCCAUGGCAAUUCAGCAUGAAGGCGUCAGGGCCAGUGUGCUCUAUCUAUCAGCAAGCUCGCUGAUGGCAAAUGCGACAACCGUGGACGAGUUAAUGUUGGCGCGGCAAGCAGACGCUUGCACCAACGCGGUCACCUCGCUCAAUGAACAAAUCAGCAACCUUAGACUCGGCGACGCUGGCAGUAACGAGCACGCCGCGGCAUCUGUGAGUGACCCUCUCAUUGCACAGACGCUAUUGCUCUGUUUGCAAACAAUAUGCAGCGGCGACCUGGAGGGGAAAUGGCAGGGCCACAUUCAAGCCUUGAAGUACAUGCUCUCACAGACGCCGCUAGCAUGUGCCGAUACGCAAUUCCGGCAAUUUGUCUUGGAAUUCCUGGUAUACCACGACUACUCCAGCGCGAUCACCUCAUUCGAGAAUCCGCUCAACGAUCAAAGCUCGCAACUAAUGGAGAGUUUUGGAUUGCCAGCCAUUGCGCAAUCUCACGCUGCCACAUUACUCGGUGUCACGGAUGGCUUGUUUGGAUAUAUCGCACGGAUCCGAAAACUAAGAGACGAGCUUCGAUACGAAAGCAAUCACGGAGUCAUACCAGCGACCAGUUACGCGGAAGCGCAUAGCUUGCACGAGGAGCUUGCAAAUUGGGUCUGCCCCUACGCAGAAGACACACCACGAUAUUGGGCCAGUCUGCUAUACCGACAAUGCGUCUGCCUUUACCUCCACCGCACCACGAUGCCAUCGAAACCAUGCACCGCCUUCAAAGUGGGCGUUGACGACGGACUGGAGUACCUGCGCCGCCUCCCUCGCGAAGGAGACGACAGCGCGACUCAGAGCAUCCUUCUCAUGCCGCUUUUCCUGCUCGGCUGCUCUGCCUUUGAGCUUGCACAACGCCUGGAGAUCGCCGAGGCUUUCGACCGACUACAAAACUGGAGCUCGCUGGGAAAUAUCAAGUACGCGCGGGAGAUCGUGCAGGAGAUUUGGCAGAUGAUGGACGAUGGAAGAGCAGAAGAGACGUGGUACUGGGAAGGUGUUAUCCAAAGACGAGGCUGGAAUUUUCUGAUCACAUGAGCAAGGAUUUUUACACUGCUCUCACCGGAGCCCGCUUCUCCUUCGACAAAGCCACGGCCGGCCUGUCAGUAACACGGACGACACUUGACGACAUGCCGUGCGGUCAAUACUGGACAACAGUACCAGGUACCUUCACCACUGGAUACGCAGGCGCAGCUGAAAACGAACAACAUUUUAACAUGUCUAUUUCUCGGAUUUGUUUCACGGUUUGGGGACAGGAGGACUUCUGGCAUCACGAAAUUUUCGAUUCAUGAAAAGUACGACAGUGCCAACAACGCUCACGAGAGACCAAGACGAACAGAGCCGGAUCUCAGAGUAGGAGGGCGCACUACGACGGAAAACAGAAGUCGGCGCAAAAAAGAGUGCGCAACAACAGGAGCAUAUGCGACGCAGAGGAAGGGACGGGCAUGACUUGAUGGAAGCAUUUGGUAUGGAGUUGUUUCUUUGGGACGAAUUCCUCUUGGGUUUUUGUAUUGAUAUGACUUAUGUUUGCAUUGGAUUGGUUAACGAG